AUGUCGCAACCGCCUUUGAACGACUUUGAGUUGGCUCAGCUCCUUGCAUUUGAGGAAGCUGGACUCCCAGCCGAACUUGCCUUGCACGAUGUUCUACAUGAGCCUUCCACAAAAACCCGUCACGAUGAGGAAGGUGCGAAUAGUAGCCCGCUGCCCGUACCUCAGGCUCAGUCCAACGAUGGGGACGUUGAUGAACAAUGGGUAGGAUGCUUCUGCGGUGAGCGUGUACAUGUCCUCGAGCUCGAUGCUCAUGCCGACAUGCAUGCCCAGGAAAAUCUGUCCGGUGUGGACAUUGAUUUGACCUCCGAGACACGCAUGCCCCAGCCGUUGACUACAGAACACCAUCCGCAUAGUAUCACCAAGUCUUUUACUACGAGCAUACCUGAGUCACUUCGCAACGUUGAUCAAGCACCGAAUCGAACACCUACAAGAGGUAGCAAAAAGCGGCGGCCUUCUCUUAAGGAGAUCUUUCUGGGCACAUCGGCAUCGCCAAAGAGUAAAUCACCAUACAAGGCAGUGUCGUCUAAGCAGGGCAAGACACGCCGUUUGGGACGUGCUGAACUAGGCCCCUUCGCACAUGAGCACCAAAUGCCUGCCUGGCUCCACCGAAUGCUGCAAGAAGGCGCUAAAGUCACCAUCACUAACAGGAUCGGUUCAGACGGUACUUUGCAGCGAGUCGAGACCAUCGCCAACGAAACCCCCGGGCUGGUUCCAGUCCUUGCUCGUCUUUCUCAGCUUGACAAAACCGUUGAACGGGCCUUCUAUUGCAGUCCAGACGUAUGCCAUGUGGCCAAGAUGCCCAAGGAGGGAGGUUUUUGCGGAUAUCGAAACAUUCAAAUGAUGGUCUCCUACAUCCAGGCUGCUGGUGCCACUGGCUCUUCGCGCUUCCCUGGCAGGAUUCCAAACAUUUUGAAGGUCCAAGACCUUAUUGAACAGGCUUGGGAUAUGGGAUUCAACUCCAUAGGUAGAGUUGAGACUGGGGGCAUCAGAUUGACACGCAAGUACAUCGGAACCCCUGAAGCCCAAGCCUUGUUUAUGAGUCUUGAUGUUCCAUGCGAAGCAGCAGCAUACACUAGUACCAAAUCCGUCGAGGCUGACGAAACCAUGAUGUGUGCUGUAUGCGAGUAUUUCGAUGAUGAAAGCACGGAGGACAAUGAUGACAAAGUGGUCAUCACGGAAAAGCCCCCAAUUUACUUCCAGCAUCCAGGCCAUUCAAUGACUAUCGUUGGGGUGGAGUGUAGAUCCGAUGGUCUUGUCAAUUUGGUGGUCUUUGAUCCAAUGUUCAACCCCAGUGUGGAUCUGAAAAGACUUGCCUUGAGCACGAGUCGAAAUUUCAAAUGCAAUGCACCCGAAAAGUUGAUGAAGGCCCAUCGAAGAGGAGGCAAAUACCUAUCAAAGUAUCGUGCCUUUGAGUUGCUCAAGCUCACAUCGAGCACGCCUUCCUCGGAGGACUGA